AGGAAAUUGAAAACGACCCCCACCUGUGUCCACCUUCUCCUGUAUGAAUUUAUAUAAUUUUGUAUCAUCCGGGAAAGAAAAAUUCGACAAAGUUUAAUUUUCCAUAUUGUCGGAAUCGAUUGCAUUGGUCCAACCGAGGGAAAUCUGAAAGUUGGUUGACCAGCUGGAGGAUUCCGAGGCUAUCAUUUAAAACUUCACCUGAAGUUUCAUUUGUAUUCGGUUUCUCUGUUUUCGCCAAUUCUAUGACACCCAACUUGUCAUUAUAAUUAGUCCCUAUUUGGCUGUAAAUUACUUUGAAUUUGAAGAGAAUUACAGUAAUGGCUAACAUCAGCAUAGCUAACAACAAGAGUAAGUUUCCGGAGGGGUUACGCGUGCUGGUGGUGGAUGAUGAUCCUACUUUCCUCAAGGUUCUUCACACUAUGCUCAGCAGAUGCCUCUACCAAGUGACAGCAUGCAGGCUAGCAUCCGUGGCCUUAGCCAUGCUCAGAGAGAAAAAGGACAGCUUUGAUAUAGUCAUCAGUGAUGUGAACAUGCCUCACAUGGAUGGUUUCACGCUCCUUAAACAAGUUGAAUUGGAGAUGAAUCUACCUGUAAUUAUGGUGUCAGGAAACGGAGAUACCAGUGCAGUAAUGAAAGGGAUUGAACAUGGAGCAUGUGACUAUCUGAUUAAACCUGUGCGUAUUCAUGAGCUGAAAAACAUCUGGCAGCAUGUUUUCAGGAGGAAGAGAAAUAAAAGAAAGGAGUUGGACCACUCAGGGGGUGUUGAAGAUGUAGAAGGGCAAAAAAGGGGAUUAGAAAAUGCUAAUAAUUCAUCCCCAGGAACAAUAAGACAAAAUAAUCACAAUGAAGAAGAGGAUCACGGAGAUCAGGAGAAUGAUCCUUCUACACUGAAAAAGCUUCGGUUUAUCUGGACAAGGGACCUGCGUCAACAAUUUGAACGUGCAGUAAAUUACUUAGGAAUUGAAAAUGCUGUUCCCAAAAAGAUACUUGAAUUACUGCCUGUGAAGGGACUUACAAGGGAGAUUGUUGCAAGCCACUUGCAGAAAUAUAGGCUUUCUCGUAAAAGGUCAUAUGGAGGAGGAUAUCCUCAGCCUGCAUUGAUUUAUCCACCUGGAGUGAUGCCAGAAGCAAAUUAUGGUCCAAAAUUUUUCCAUGGCAGGUUCAAGGUUCCAACAAUUAUACCAUCAGGCCAAAUGGUACCUCAAAGUUGGGUUGCAUUGCAAAAUGAGCUAUCAGGGAGUUCAAAAAUGAAUAAUGAGUUGAAGUUAACUGAGGAGUCCCUUGUUCAAGCUCCAAAUGAAAUUGUUGACUGUAACCCUUCAAACAGAAUAACCUUUGGGGAUCCGAUGAUGAACAAUCAAACAAACAACCUUCAGAGGUGCGCUAAUCAAAUUGAAAUAGAGAAAUAUUCUCAGAUUCAGCGCAAGAUGUCUUCCUUAAAUGAUGUGGGCCCAUCAAUGAGUAGUACAUCCUCGGGAUUCAACAAAAACUUUCAGAAGAGUGCGACAGUUGAUGUUGCAUCUGAAACUGUAGGUCAUACUUGUUCAUCAAACUAUAACUAUUUAGUGAAUCAACAUGAAAAUGUAUUCACUUUUACCGAGGACCUGAAAUUACGAGUACAACCACAGAGUCCACAACUUCGAGGCACACAUGCUCUAAAUUUGUCACAUAUUAAUUGUCUACAGACACAACUGCUUUCAAAAGAUUUCAGGCCUUUUUCCUGUAUAACUGAUAGUAUUAGUGGCAAUGAUAUUAUUGGUUGUCCUAGUUCACUUAGAAUGAACCACAUGUCACCACUUGCAUCUGUUGAUAAUUUAGAGAAUGGAAGUCAUCCAAAUAUAGACAACAAGAACCAUGAUAUCCCCAUUUUAUCAGUAGAAAACUUCUCUUUGUCCAAUUCUAUUGGUUUGCCUGCUCCACCAUCAUCUAUUGUCAGAGAUUUCGCAUUGCAGACACCAGGAUUGAAAAGUCCUAGUGGUAUUUAUGAAACCAGGACUUCACAGAGUAUGCACAUCGAUCUUGAUGAGAAAAUCAAUCAGAGUAGCAAACUAGAUUGGGAAGUUGAAAGUACAUCACAUGAUCCAGAUUUGAGCCAAAUUGUUAGUUCUACCCAAUUUCAAGGUUACAGCCAGGCUGCUUCUGGAUUUGAUGUAUUAAAUGUUCUGAGAUUUCAACAGAGGAAAGUUAUUAAUCUUGUUACAGAAAAGUUUGAUCUUCCAAGUCGACUGGCAUUUGAAGAUGAAUCUCAAUCAACUAUUCGCAGUACUCAAAGUCAGAGGGAUCACAAUGUCGCUGAUAGUGGACUGGUAGUUAAGGGUGGAGAUAUUUCAGACUUGAUAGGAUAUCGAGAAGAUGAUGUUGGACUGCUUUUGGACCAGUUUUCACCAUCAUAUAACACUAUGGACCUCAUACUCAAACAGGAAGGUGCAAUGUUAGAGCAAGGUGAUUAUGUUAUCGAUGGUUAACAGCUGGAGAAUCUUCAUGUGAAAUGGACUAAUUCUGCUUAAUCUCUGUUGCAGAAUGAAAAGCCCUAUAGUGGCAAGGCAGAUACAAACUUAAACUUGAGCAUGAUACAAGUUACAAAUUUGUAAAACAGUGGAUGCUGAAACUAGUGGGAAAAUCUUUAUCUCCGUGUUAGCUGGAGAAUACACACAACAAAGUAAUAUUCAUAUGAUUAAUUGUAUUUUCUUUUCAGAUGGCCCCUUUCAGUAAAUAUAAACACUCCAACGUUUUCAGGGGUUGUAACA